CUGAUCACACACAACAUGCUCAAGUGCAACGUCCGGAACUGCACCGACCCGGACAAGCAGUACCCUCUGCGGUUCGAGAACGCCGAGCUGGAGCAGGUCGAGGCGGAGCGCAACGACGAAUUCCUGGUGCGCAUGAUCCCGCGGUUCGACUGGAACGCGCUGGUCAAGACCGCCACCUCGCUGGGCCUGGAUCUGCCCGCAACGGUGCCGGCGAACCCGGCGGAUGACGAGGAGUUUUUGCAAAAGUUCCACACGGUGGUUAUGGAGACACACGUCAAGGAGGGCAGCAUGGUGUGCGAUGGGUGCGGCCACGACUUCAAGAUCGUCAAGGGCGUUCCCAACAUGCUGCUCGCCGAACAUGAGAUCUAG